AUGAUCUCAAAUAACCAAAGCACAACCUCUCUACACAAGAGUUCCAGCACAAUAGUACACAAUGACAACAACCUGUUCAAAAAACUCCCCAAACAGUUAAACAACAAGGAAUUCAAACAAUUUUACUUUGAAAUGAAUAUUCAACCUCAAUUCAUGAUGAAUCAACAACGAGUGUAUAACUUCAAAUCUGGACUUUCUGAAAAGAAUAGAAAGAAAUCAGAGACAUCUGUUGUGAGCGAUCAAUCACCAAAAGCCCAUCCAAAACACAACAGAAACAACAAGGAAGAGAAAAUGUCAAAAACAUUGGUCGACAUGACUCAUGACAGAAAUCUGUCAAAUUCUAAAAAGAGAAAGCACGAGAGAAGAAAAGAUGAAUCUAGCACUGCUUCAACAUCAUCCUCCUCCUCCUCUUGGAACCAUCUUUCAGAAGAGAUUGUUGUGAGAGAAUCACAAGUGCACAUGAUAAGCAAGGAUUAUCGUCCGUCUCAACAUCAGAAUGAGGAGAUGAAUGUUGCAUGUAAUAAUAAGCUUCAACUUUCACACCAACAGCUGACAGCUGUUCCUGACAUUUCAGUGGAUUUCAGAUGA